UUAUAUUAUUGCAAUGGCUAUGGAGCGUCGACCGUCGAGCUUGCAUUUAUGUUAUUGAAUCCGCGUGGAGAGCCAACAUGACAGGCAAGCAGAAUCAGGUGGACGAUAGCGAGGACAAUCAGUCGAGAAUAAAAUUGAUCGCGGACAAACGCAGACUGUUGGACGAGAAAUCCGCUCAGGUUGAGGCAGAAAUCAGAAACUGUUUUGAAGGUCUAACGAAACUUCUGCGAUCUAGAGAGAAGCAACUGCUCCGACAAGCCGAAGCUAUUCACAGGCAGCAACUUUCUCUAAUAGAGACUUCAUUAAAUUUCUUACCAUCGUCAGUAGUUGUCCUGAACGAUAAGAACGAGUUAGAGGAACGGAUACGCCAGUUUGGUAAUAUCGAGACGCAUGGAUCAAAUAGUAUUACAGUAAAGGAUGUGGAGCCAUAUAAAGUUGCAGAUUAUCAAGAUGCUAAUAAGGAUCAUGUCAGUUUUGAUAAAUCAAUCACCAAAUCAUCAGAUCAAAAAACCAGAGAUCAUCUGAGCCUUCCACGUUGCAAAGAUUUUAUAUCUGACUACAGAACUGUGCGUAUUUCAAGUCUGCCUUCCACACUCUUUACUAAUAAUGAGCUGCGAGAUUCGCAUAACAUAAAGGCCAAUGCAUUAAAAAUUUUUAAAGAUACCUUAUCCAUAUCAAGGUGCUCACCACUUUUAAUUAUAAAACGCAAACUUGGCCUGACACACGUAUCCUUGGACGGACUGCACGCUUUUGACAAAUCAUACUCGCAGAAUGUACAGUCCUUCGGAAUGUCUUGUAUGACUACAGAAUCUUCUGAGCUAGAUAAAUUGACAAACGGAGCGACUGAAACUAAUUUGCAAGAAUUUGAUAAAGAAGAAGUCUUAGAUCACGAUGAUUCCGAAAUAAUUAGAUCUCCAAAGGAACGAGAGAAAAACGAUGAACAUCCUGUACAGAUAAAGCAAUGGUUGCAACAGAUACUUGCAGAGACUGAGAUAGAGCCUGCGAUUUACGAAAUCGGGCAGUUUACAGAGAUAUCAAAGGCAAAGCUCUGUAACGAGCUAUAAUUCUAUUUGACGAUCAAAUUAGAUAUUCUUGCAUUGUGUUUCAAUUGGGGCCAAAGUUUCCAAAACGAUGGAAAGCAAACAAAAGGCUGAUCUACCUUAGAAUUGCAUGCCCGAUAUUCUUAAUUUAUACAGUCUCUCGUAAAAUAAAUUGGAGACAGUGUAGCUUUUCCGUGAUCACAGAGGAACGUAAGAAAGGAUACCAAUUUUGAAUGAUGAUAGAGAGAAAGAGAGAGAGAGAGAGAGAGAGUAAAAGAUUUAUUGUGUACAUCGAUAAACUUUAGUACCUCUACCACAGUUGCUUAAUAUGUGGUAUUCCUUGUUAAUACAACGAAUACUUCGCCGUUCUUAAAACAAAGAUUAAUUAGUACCCUUUUGAAAAAUGUGCUUAAAAAUCCGAAAUAUAUAAUUGCUAAGCUUGUUUUUAUUCUGCUAAAAAUAUCGCGUAUUUAUUUUAUCGUGUAUAAGUUUUUAGUCUAUAUUAACUAUGCUUGUCAAGGAAUUUUGAUGACAGCAAGUGAAUAAUUUUAUUGCGAUCAUUUCUUUAAGUGAUAUCUUUUUUACAAAUAAAACUUACGAUUGUACGACAUCGUUGUAAAUAAUUAAUUUAUCGUCAUAAUUCCGUUUUCUCUCCACUUACAUGACUAAAUUGUGCGUAUGCAUAUAGUUGUAUAGAUUCUGUAAUCAAUUACUUAAUUCAUUAAAUGCUCA